AUGACAUUUGGGCAUUUUAUGAGCAUGACCGCCAUUGUUUUGGCUUUGGGAUCGCUUAACUCUUGUCAUUGUACUAGUCAAAGUACGAAUGCCGCUCUGAGACUCUUGGCCGAAAUCGUAAACGAAACCGAAAACGAUGCCACAAAUUCCAAGCUGCGACUUCGAUACAGACGUGGACGUCAACAUCAGAGUUCGCCUGUCGUUCCGAAAUGA